AUGCAAAUAACGCUAAAUUUCCUAUUAUGGCAAUACCACGAUCGGGAAGAGAGGACACAGGAUCCUAAAAUGCACGUCCGAUUGUGCCAAUCAUCACUCUCAAUUUUGCCCAAUUUGUUGGAUAAUUUUUCGGAAGCAGAUGACACGAGUUGCAAGGAAAAAAUGGCACAUUUUCGAAUAAGAGAACUGAAGGACAUCCUCACCCAACUAGGUCUUUCCAAACAAGGAAAGAAGCAGGAUCUCACUGACCGAAUAUCAGCUGUUCUGUCGGAUGAAAGAGUUUCAGGAAUGUGGUCCAAGAAAAAUGCUGUUGGGAAGGAAGAAGUUGCUAAAUUAGUUGAUGACAUUUACAGGAAAAUGCAGGAUUCAGGGGCAACAGACUUGGCAUCAAAAGGUCGAGCAGUUUUAGAUGCAACUAAUAGUACAAAACCUAAAGAGGAGAUUGAAGAUGUUCUUCAAAACAUGGAAAAAGUUCGUUGCCCCUGUGGAAGCUCAUUGCAAGCUGAUUCAAUGAUAAAGUGUGAAGAUCCAAGAUGCGGUGUGUGGCAGCAUAUUAAUUGUGUUAUUAUUCCCGAAAAGCCCUUGGAGGGUAUUUUACCAGCACCUCCACCAAAGUUUUACUGUGAAAUUUGUAGACUUGGUCGUGCAGAUCCGUUCUUGCUUUCUGUGGCGCAUCCUUUACCUCCUGUACAGCUGAUAAUUGCAAAUACACCUACAGAAGGUGCAAAUCCAGUUCUAAGUGUUGAAAAGACUUUUCAACUUACAAGAGUAGAUAGGGAUUUGUUGGUGAAACCAGAGUAUGAUGUGCAGGCCUGGUGUAUGCUUCUGAAUGACAAGGUUUCUUUUAGAAUGCAAUGGCCACAAUAUGCAGAACUUCAAAUCAAUGGGGUGCCAAUGCGUGCAACAAAUAGACCGGGUGCUCAAUUGCUUGGAGCCAAUGGUCGUGAUGAUGGUCCUAUUAUCACACCAUGCACUCGAGAUGGAAUUAAUAAAAUUUCAUUAACAGGAUGUGAUUCUCGCGUCUUCUGUUUGGGUGUCCGGAUAAUAAAACGGCGCACAGUUCAACAGAUUCUCAACCUUAUUCCUAAAGAGUCCGAUGGUGAGCGGUUUGAAGAUGCUCUUGCACGUGUUCGCCGCUGUGUUGGCGGUGGGGCCCCCACAGAAAACGCUGACAGUGACAGCGAUCUGGAGGUUGUUUCUGACUCUAUACCGGUUAAUCUACGUUGCCCUAUGAGUGGUUCUAGAAUGAAAAUUGCUGGAAGAUUCAAACCGUGUGCCCACAUGGGCUGUUUUGAUCUUGAAGUGUUUGUUGAAAUGAAUCAACGGUCUCGUAAGUGGCAAUGCCCAAUUUGUCUCAAGAAUUACGCGUUGGAGAAUGUCAUUAUCGACCCAUAUUUUACGCUUAUCACAUCUAAGAUGCGUAAUUGUGUGGAGGACGUGACAGAAAUCGAAGUGAAACCAGAUGGUUCAUGGCGGGCAAAGUCAGAAGAUGACCGAAAAAGCCUAGGAGAACUCGGGCAGUGGCAUCUGCCCGAUGGGACACUUUGUGUUGGUGUCCCCAUGGAAGUCGACUCUAAACCCAAAUUAGAAGCUCUAAAACAGGUCAAACAGGAAGGUUUGACCGGCUCUGAAGGUCACACUAGGGGCUUAAAACUCGGAAUGAAAAAAAACAAAAACGGGUUUUGGGAAGUCAGAAAACCUGAUAAUUUAAAUUCAGUUUCUUCUGGCAGCAAACUGCCCGAAAACUUCAUAAACACCAACGGUCAUGGUAUUGGUAAUAAUAUUACUACUCAUAAUAAUGUUAUUCCCAUGAGCAGUAGUGCCACUGGUAGUGGUGGCGAUGAUACUAGUGUCAAUCAAGAUGGUGGUGGGCAGUUUGACUAUUCUACCCCUAACGGGGUUGACCUCGACUCACUUUCUUUGAACAUUCAUGGAUUUGUAAAUCCGGGUGACGCUGAUGUCAUCGUUCUGAGUGAUUCGGAAGAUGAGGCUGAGGCUAUGCCUGUGGCUGACACUGUCGUUACUCAUAAUGACAACCUACUUUCUUCUUCUGCGCAAAUUGGUUUUCCAAAUCUACCCUUGCAUUCGCAUCCUGAAGACCCUUCUAGUCUUCCGCUUGGUCUUUUCAAUGAUGAUUUUGGAGCCCCCUUUUGGUCUGUACCUUCUAACAACAACCAUGGAGUGGGGCCCAGCUUUCAGUUAUUCGGUUCGGAUGCGGACCCCACCGAUAACGGUCCACUUGGCGGAUUUACAUUGGGUGGCGAGACUUCGAUGGGUGGUCCCACCGCACUUGGAGCAGACGAUGGGUUGGUGGAUAACCCGUUAGCAGCUUACGGAGGCGAUGAUCCGUCGCUUCAGCUUUUUCUUCCUACAAAACCAUUAGAAGCAACAACAACAGAACAUGUAGAGGUGACACGUCAGCAAUCCAUGUCAUCAAAUGGUUUCCGAAGUGAUGACUGGAUAUCUCUCAGCCUAGGUGGUGGUGGUGGUGGGGUCCGCUGUGAACCGGAUCCAGGUGUGAAUGGGUUGAAUUCGAGACAGAAAGCACCAUUGAAAGAUGGUACACUGGAUUCAUUGGCGGAUACUGCUUCAUUGCUGCUUGGAAUGAGUGAUGGGAGAUCUGAAAAGAGUAGUAGGGAAAGGGAAGGAUCGGAUAGUCCGUUUUUGUUUCCUAGACAAAAGCGGUCUGUUAGACCACGAUUGUUUUUAUCAAUUGAUUCAGAUUCAGAAGAGGAGGGAUGAUAAGAUAAAUUAAUAAAUUAAAUGGUGAAGAAAAUGACCCAAGACUCUUCUUGAGUUUGGUUUUGAUUUUGUGGAAAUUUAGGGUUUGGAAUGGAUAAUGCCGUAUUUGCCCUCAAGAAAGGCGUGGUUGGUAUAGAUUCUUCUUCUUUCUUUUCUUUUUUUUUUUUCAUGGUGAAAUUGUAACAUUCUAAUAGGCUUCUUUCUGGUAGCAAGUAUAUUUAGAUUCUAGAUCAUAAACCACUUCUUUUUCUGAUUUAUAGUGAGAGGAAAUUAAUUGCAUGUAAAUGUUUUCUUUCUUUUUAACUCUUACUCGAGACUUAUUAUUCUGGUUAAUUAAAUAGAAACAUAACUUUUAUCCUUUACAUCAUGAGAAACUUG